AUGGGUAACAUUGUUAAGCAAAAAAUCCACCAACCAGAUUUACGUCAACGAUUCAUGUCUGUCACUGUCAGGACUGGUUGUGAGACAUUACCAUUAUGGAUUAUAAGGAUCUUAUUCUAUAUGUCGGGUGUAUAUGAACAGAUGAUCAAUGGUCUGUUUUUCGGCAAGUUGAGAAACCAGUGGUGCCGUUCGGUGUCUGGUUCUGAAUGGAAGGGCUAUUUGAUUGGUGAGAAUGCGGGAACAGCGGAAAUUGGUGAAGAUGCAGAUAUAGUGAUCAUUUAUGCUCACG